GGCUAUGGAGUCUGCCUCGGAUUUCAGGCGGAUUUAUGCCAAGGUGCAAGUGCUUCUGGAGCGCUGGCCCCAUGCAGAAGGGGUGGAAAGGAAAGCAUUGCUGUCGAGCGUCAAGGAAAUCAAAGAGAUGAACUUGGAAGAGAAAGACAUUCUCUCCAUGGCAGAUUUUGCUGUGGGCAUGGCUGGACGCUUUCCGGAGCUGCAGGAUGGUUAUGACCGAAAGUGUGCAUCAGCAGCAUCAGAUCUGUUGUUUCUCUUGAGGCCGAUUGAAGAGAAGCUGCUUCCUUCAAAAGGGGCAGCAGAUUGGCGGAUCUGGGAGAUCUUUGCAGCUGCAGAGGUGCAGCGGAAGCAAAUCUGCGUACUGGCUAGGUAUGCAGGCUGUUUCAAAGGCGAAUCAUCUGACACCUGUGGCAUCUCGAAGAGCCCCUUGGCAAUGUCGACUGAAAAGAAGUUGGCGGAUCUCGUGGCGGCCUUCAAGGAUGUUCAGUCGCAGCUGGAAGGACAUAUCAGCUCGGAGAAGCCAACAUAUAGUUGCUCUUCGAAGCUCGCCUCGAGGGCGUCCGAGAUCGCCCGGGAGCUCCGGUCGCUGCCGGAUCUUCCUGCCUCGCCCGAGUCCUCGGAGCCGGGCUCCUGGAGCCUCGUCGAGGACACGGCGACGGCGGCAGACGUUGUGGCCGAAGUGGCUGGAGAUGUGGCUGGAGAUGUGGGGAGUGUGGCAUCUUGUUGGUCAGUGGAGAGUCAACUGUCGUACUUGUCAGGGCAUGGUGGGCCACAUUGCUUCUUGCCCCCAUAUCUCUUCCAACAUGUACAGUCCGCGGAUGAGUCAAGCUCAAAGUCAGUGGUGUGGGCAGCGGCAAAGGAUCUGCAAAGGGGUGCCAAGAUCGUGUCGGCGGAUGGCGACCUCAUCGAGGUGAUCAAGGCGGAGGUGCAGAAAACGACGAAGCUGGUGGAAUUGGAGCUUGAUCAGGCCGUCCCGUUCUCUACCACCCCCAACCAUCGCAUCAUGGUCCCAUCCGAUGGCGACGACGCGACUGUGAAGGCCAUCGAUCUGAAACUGGGCAGCUGGGUGAUGUGCAGCGAUGGGAUGGCCAAGAAGGUCAUUGGAAUGAAGCUCAUCCAUGUCGAAUCGCAAGAGGUCUUGGCCAUCACCUUUCACCCGGACAAGGCGGUGGCGUGUUUCCCCCCACCACAGGAGCCGCUGGUCUUGACGAAGGGCUUGACCCCGAAGCCCAUCCGCCGUGGCAUUCGUCGUGGUGGUGCCGGCCAUGAGUUGGUGAGUCUCCCGGAUACGGCGCCGGGGGAAUACGAGGACUGA